UCGAACCGAUGGUCUAACAGACGACGGACAGAGACCGAUUGUCCGUCUUUAUCUAACUAACGCAUCUCUCACUCCUGCACAUAGCACGGAGGAGAACCGUAAUAUCGACAUAGCGCUGCUGAGAACCACAAAAACGUGGACAUUACCGACGUGUAAAAUGGACCUUGGCUACGUAGUUCAAGGUCCAUUUUUCAUGAAUCACAGAGGCUCUCUCAAAAUAAAGUCGCACCUAAAAUCGAAGCAUGACCGCUCUCAGGUUCCUCUCUGACGCAGUGCCUCUCUGGAGAGAAAAACUUUUUGCUAUAGUUGUACGCGCACACAUAGCGACGCUCUAUCUGUAUACGCGCACACUAGCUUACGUCGGAGAGAUCGAGAAUACGGCAACACUGCGCCUCAGAGUUGCGCGCGCAGUAAAAGCAACGAAUGUAUAGCCGCCAAGCUCCGAGCCUAACCUCUAUCACGCUGUGUUGUGUAAUCUUGUAAAAAAUGUCCACUCGAAUUCGCAUUUCAAACGGCAGAUUUGCCAGGAAAAAGGCAGAAGACAGCAAACAGAAGAAACUUGCAGCCAUGUCUGCAGCUAAAAAAAAACGUAUUUCAAAUAUUUUAUGUGAAAGCAAUGAAAAUGUCUGUGAGGGGAAACGCAUCGUAGACGUCAAAGUACUUGCAAAAAAUCUGAGGUGUUCGAAGUGCAAUGAACGUCUAUAUUUAGAUAAAGUCUCGGGAGAAAAAUGUACAGGACUUAAUUCAACUUUAAUUAUUUGUUGUGAUAAAUGCAAAACAAUUAAUGAAGUUCGUACCAAUAAAGAGCAUGAAUGUCAAGCUCAACAACGUAUUUACUCCGACAUCAAUUCAGCAGCUGUACUUGGUGCUGUACAUUCUGGUAUGGGCUGUACUGCAUUGAAUAAGUUACUGGCUAUUAUGAAUAUCCCAGCAAUAUUAAAUGACUUGUAUAAACGGUACGAACGAGAAGUAGGACCAGCAAUCGAAAAGGCUGCAAAAGAAAGUUGUAGACGAGCUGCAGAAGAGGAGAGACGUCUUGUCAUCCAGAAUGUAACACUUACACAAACAACUGUUACCGAAUCAGUAUCUUCUGCUUAUAAUGUAGUUUAUUUUGAUCUUGAAACUGGUGGUCUAAGUAUGACUGACGACAUUUUACAAAUAGCUGCAAUAUCAGAAAAUCGCGAAUUCAAUGUUUAUGUAAACCCGACGCAACCUAUCUCACCUGCUGCAAUGAACAUAACAGGUUUAAGUAUUAUAGGAGGACAUUUGCAUUUUAAUAAUAAAGUAGUUUCCACGAUUCAUAUAAAAGAUGCUUUGAUUGCUCUUCAUCAAUUUUUAAGUUGUUCAGAGAAAAUAAAUGUACUCGUCGCACAUAACGCUAAGUUCGAUGUUCCGCGACUACUCAAAGCAAUGGUUAAAAAUAAUGUUCACUUAGAUAUUACGAAUAUAGUUGGAUUUGUUGACACGUUGACAAUUUUCAAAAAAGCUUUUCCAGAACGGAAAGGUCCAGGAUUGUUUAAAUUGUCAACAUUAGCUCAAGAUAUUUUAGGUCCUGACGUUCUGGAAAACUUUCAUAAUGCAACUUUCGAUGUUUCAGUUCUUCAGAAGUUAAUUAAAUUUUUUAAAAAAGAAGAUGAUUUAUUAAAAUACAUGAAACCAUACGAAACUUGUCUAUCAGAUCAAUUAGAAUAUGAUACCAUUAAGGCAAAUUUAGAAAAAUUACAUUUAUUAAAAGGUGUUGUUUCCCGAGAUUUAUUAAAAAGGAUGGCGAAACAAAAUAUCAGUUUUGAAAAUUUGAAAGAAGUGUAUAAAAAUGGAGGAGAAGAGUCUGUGUACACUUUUUGCACUGCAAAAUGUGAAAGUGGAAAACCAAAAAUUACGAGAGAUAAAAAAGCUAUAAAUAAAAUUAUUACUAGGUUAAUACAAUAAGCUUAGAAAUAAAAUAAAAUGUGUUACAUGAUGAAAGAAAACCAAAAAUUACAAGAUAAAAAAGUUUAGAAAUAAAAUAAAAUUUAUUAUAUUGUGAUAAAUAGAAAUAAGAAAUGUGUUACAUUGUGAUAAAUAGAAAUAAAAUAAAAUGUUAUAUUCUGAAUUCUGAUUAUAAUCCACAUUAUCAAUAUUGUAAUAGAUAGUUUUUAUUUUUCUAUUCCAGUUAUAAAUAAACUUUUUCAUUCACAAAAUAAAGGUCAAUUAUGUAUAAA